ACUAGGUUAACAGUGUUCUUUGAAAUCACACUUUAACUAAAAUUGUUAUAGUUAACGCACAUUACUCCAAGUUCACUCUUUAGCUAGCUAACUCGCCUGUUUUCUGGGUUAAUGAACUGACGAUCGGCUGAACUGAAUAUGUUUUAUUUGACAGAUGAGGUGGCAGGUGCUCCACACCAGUCUGUUCCAUCAUUGAUUUGUGGGACUGUUUUGAUUGUCGGGUGUAGAAGUAGUCUGAAGUAGUAUACUUCAGGUGAUGUUAACACUUAAAAAACAAUGAUGAAUGCACUGUAGACCACUUUAGUGACGUUUUUUAUUCUUCGUCCAGCUUUGUUGCCAGAGUCUGCUUUACCGGAAUGCGAUUCGUGUAUAUAAUGUUUAAAUGUAUUUGAUAAAGUUUAAGAGCUCUAUAAUGCGCUGGUAUUAGUCAAAGGCAGCGCUGUUUAGCCAUUUUAAUCUGCAACUUUGAAAAUAACCUCCAUCGGACUAGUUCAGGUGCGCAGUAUAGCUUGCCAUGGUGAUCUAGCCAGGUUAAAAAAAGGCCACCUUCAUGACAUGGGAAACCCUUGCGUUCGGCUCCACAUACCUUGCUAACACUGUCGUAUUGCUUGGUAAUACACCGUUCAGUUUGUUAUUCUCAUUCAAGUCAGGUGUUUCACUGUUACCUGAUGAUACAGGAGUCAUGAGCCCGAUACUGAUGUUGAUUCUAUGGAGUUCUAUAAAUCUGAAAAUGGGCCGCUCAGUAUGCCUGCAGCUUGCUGGGCUACACUCUUCAGAAGGGCGGGGCAGCAGCUGAACUUCGCAAAACUGUCAGUCAGUUGGAAGCACACAUGAGCCUGACAAGAAAGUUGCUGCGUCUGGGAAACUCUGUGGAGGCGCUAGAGGCUGCCAAGAGGGCCAUACACCUCUCUGACAGUGUACUGAGGCUCUGCCUGACCAUCAGCCACCUCAACAGAGCCAUGUACUUUGCCUGUGACAAUGUCUUGUGGGCUGGGAAAACAGGUGUCAUAUCCAGACUGGACCAGCACAAAUGGAGUCAAAGAUCUUUCAGGUACUACCUAUUUGCCUUGAUCCUCAACCUGACUCGAGAUGUGUACGAGCUCCACCUUCUCAUUGAAAAUGAAGAGCGUUGCAGAGCGGCCAAAUCUACAUCCCCACCGCAGCCCAGCACCACCUUGCUUGCUGGCCACUUGUCCUCUCCUUCCUCACCUGCCGCCUCAGCUACCAACGCCUUGCCAGUCAUGUUCGUGUGGCUCCGUAGACGGCUCCACCUGCUGGUGACAGUGUUGUACAGCAACCCACCACUGCUAUUGGACCUGCUGAAGAACAGUUGUGAUAUCUUCAUUCCACUAGACCGGCUGAGCAUUUACUCUACAGGGUCAGGUUUUGUCGGGGCCUGCGGUCUGACCUCCUCUGUCCUCUCCAUCCUCACCAUGGUCCACCCUUGGCUGAAACUCAAACCAUGAUCCCAGAUACAUGCUGGAAGGAAGAGCCUUAAGGAGGGCUGAAAUCAGACACUAACAGGGUUAACGAAAUGAUCAUUUUGUUGAAAGAGCAGCUGCUGAUGUACUGCGAUUACAUUUUGGAAAAGCGGCAGGGAAUCCAAAUACUUCAGAUAUCCUCAGAAUAAGUGGGUUAUUGAUACCCUGAAAAGGUAUGACCCAUGUCUAGACAGAGCUUCAGUGUAGUGAUGCUGCACAGACCCUACUGCGUCCUCAUCGUUUCCCACUCAGAUAAAGCUAGCCUUCAUCCAUGCAUAUCACAUCCCUGCAGCAAAAUCUUGCGACAGACUGAAACUUCAGUCUGAGAAGUACGUACAGUUCUUUACAGGAAGAACGUUAAAAAAUGCGAACUUACCAGAUAGUCAGGUGGUCUUCUUCAGUGGGUCAGUAUAAAAAGAAUUUCAGCUUGACCAAGAAGGGCCUCCCAUAGUAAGGUUAGCAGUGACUUCCCCCUUUCUUUUGACAGUUUUGUGUCACAGCAUAGACCUUAGCUCAUAUUUAAGAAUACCUGCUGUCUUGAAAGCUUGGCAGCCACUCGGAAUGAGAGCCAUGAUGUGGAACUUUAAAAUAAGCAUCUCUAUCUGCAAAGAUACAGCAGCUACAGGACGUGCUUACUAUAAGAUACAUACUAGAAAUGGUUAGGUUUAGGAACCAAUUAAAUAAUAAUAAAACUGAUCAAAGUAAAUCA